GAGGGUUCCGAUCGACCGCAGCGGAUUGCAUCGAGACAUCGACUUCGACGAACACUUCGUCACGAUCAGAGAUGCGCUCCGACGAGCACACGUUCGGCCCCGCCGGAGUGGGGCUGCAGCACCUUCACGGGCACGUCGAUAACCCCGACGGAGUGGAGCUGCAGCUCCUUCGCGGGCACUUCUUCUUGGACGACGACGACGGCAGCGCUAGGUUCGCGGACGAGAAAGCCUCGGCAGAGUCAUUGUCGGCGACGGCUCUGGACGCGGCGAAGCGGGCGGCGGUGGGAGUGGGCGCGCGGGUGCUCUUCUACCCGAAGCUGGCCUACAAGCUGGUGGCCGGCCGGCCGGCUCGGGGCAAAGCCUCGGAGGAGUCGUCGUCAUCGUCAUCGUCAUUGGCGACGACUCUAGACGCGGCCAAGCACGCGGCGGUGGGCGUGGGCGCGCGGGCGCUCUUCUACCCGACGCUCGCCUACAGCCUGGCCCGGGACCGCCUCUCGUCCGACUUCCACUGGUGGGACCGCAUCGACGGCACCAACAUCCUGCUCGGCGCCGUCCCGUUCCCGAGCGACGUGCCGGCCCUCCACGCCGACGGCGUCCGCGCCGUCGUCACGCUCACCGAGCCCUACGAGCGGCUCGUGCCCAAGUCACUGUACGUUAAACACAAGAUCGAGAACCUGGUGCUGCCAACCACGGACUACCUCUACGCGCCGUCGCAGAAGGACCUCCGCGAAGCCACGGCGUUCAUCCGCGGCGUCGCGGAGAAAGGGGAAUCGGCGUACGUGCACUGCAAGGCCGGGCGCGCGCGCAGCGCCACGGUGGUGAUGUGCUACCUGGUGAGGUACAAGGGGAUGACGGCGGAGGAGGCGAAAGCACACGUGGAGAGGUGCCGGCCCAGGGUGUCGCUGGCUCCGGCGCAGUGGCAGGCGGUCCAGGACUUCGAGGACUUCUGCCGGCGGCCGGCCGGUGGCUCGGAGUGAAGCCAACUGCUCCAACUCUGCGGAUGGAUCACGCGAGCACGACGCUAGCUAGGUUUUGUGUAUAUAGCUUCCACAGGUGCUGGACGUGAGCAUCAAUGUUCGAACACUGUUCCGUUAUUCCUAAUAAAGUAUAAUGUACUAAACUACUCAGUGAUUU